CAGGAUAUGCGCAUGGCGAUCAUAAGAGAGACGCUACAUCGAUUAUCGGCGCUCUCUGUCUUUUUGGUGGGUCAAGUUCAGGUUUAUUAACGAAGGGGUCAAAGAGGUAAGUGCUUAAUAGACUUACAUGAAACAAGUAAACGCUCUUCGCCCCUAUUUUGGAUUUUUCUUGGACACCAAGCCAGUACAGGCAGAACGAAGAUUCCGUGUCAAGACUCCCGUCAAUUCAAAGAAGACAACUCAUUUUUCACUUCGUGAGAGCACACCCUGAAAACAACGAAAAUGUCGGCACAAGGACGUUCCUCUCUGCGCGUCGUCGCGUCUGCUCUGCUUGCGUCAUUUGCUGGUGCACAAACGACAUGGCCAGCCUGCAUGGAGCAGAAUACGGUGAUCCGCAACGCCGGAAGAGCGCUCUUCACAAAUGUUGCAGGUACGGAAAUUACCAUCACAACGAUCCUUCUUCAAGAAUUAACUUCGCGCUUAAAAAAAAAAUGAUUUCUAUUUCAUUUUCAAUUUCAUUGAAUCUCAAGAGAUCACGACAUGAAUAUUUGAAGCACGUCGGAAUGUCAUUGUUUGUUGUACACUUCCUAGGCUACGGUGCUGCGGCCGGUUGCUUUAUCGAUGAUUGCAUCAAUACUGACAAGUUCGCGGUCUCGACACUUGAGAACUGCAUUUCUGUGUGCAACAGCGUUCCGGAAUGCAACCAUUGGGUUUUUGGAGAAGAAGAGGGUAUGCAGAAGUGCUGGCUUCGAGUCGCUGACGAUGGCAGGGAACAGGCCGAAGGCUGGACCUCCGGGAGCAAGGACUGCCAGCCCCCGGACACGGAAAAGCUGAUCUUGGGCAACACUGAAUGCUGGAUGGACGGCUUCGAUUACGACACAUGCUGCGAUCCGAAGUUUGGUCCCAACGGAAACACACAGUGCUGGGAUGGCAUGUUCAACUUCAACCGAUGCUGCUUUCCAAGAAUGGAACUCUAAAUCAUUUAAAGAUGAUAAGUACCCCAUAGGGAAGUCCUGCAUAUGCAGGGAAAAAAGAUAGUGAAAGUUUUCAACAUGAUGUUACAACACGAGUAGAAACUUUCAAGCAUACAACGACAUAUUGAUGAUCGGCGAUAACGUCACCCUGGUAAGAUUUAUAUCACAGCAUAGUUCCGCAUGAGCCAAAAUGGCAUAGAAAUCGUUCAAAACAAAUAUACUUAUAAAUAUAUAAUUUGGUGGCAAGUGUCUCUGUCCCUACCAGAUCAUGUGUAUGAUUCCAUCUGGAUUCAAUGUUCUUAAAGCAACCGUUCUUCCUGUUGGUUUUCUAUGAUGUGUGCUUGUACUAGUACUCAAACCACCAGUUGUACAACUAAUCAUGAAGAUUGUAUUGAAACUCGUUAAAAAGUUUGUAAAUUUGUUUCAACAUGUCCGCCUCCGCCAGCAUUCUUUUGAAUUAGUGCUAUGUCGAACUCGUACGCGAAGAUCAGGCGUACUGCGGGGACUAGAAAACCGUUUUUUUCUUCUUACCUAUCAGGGAAUCAACCAGAACCAAAGAAAGAGAAGUGGGAUUUCUUUUGUGUCCUCAUGAAUCAAAGAGAAAUAUCCUGUGGUCCCUAGUGCCGUGGAGAUUUGGUGUUGUCCGUGUGCUAGGUUUUUUGUUCACCGAAUUGAAACUGAAGUAACGAACACCGUGCUAAAGCAACGUGGGAUGCACACGCUCUACUAACUCAGUCUCAGUCUCAGUCUCAGUCUUGUUGUGCUUUUCUUGCCUGUUGUGACAAUGAAUUUCUCACUUACUUUGCAUCUUCAAGGAAGGACGUGGUUGCACGACUUCAGUAGCCGCUGCUCUUGAUCCUGCUUGGAACAUCAAGAUGUUAGUCCUACACGCAGACCACAAGAUCUUCCUAGGAUUUCAUCCUCUUCCACUUGCUUUGCUCCAAAUCAUCAUGAGAUCUUCAUAACAAGAAAAACUGCAGGGCGAAGUGGCUGUGGGGCUG